AUGAAAUUCUUUAUCAUUACUACAAUUAUUUUAAUCUCUGGAUUAUAUAGUAAUGGAGAUAAAAUUAAUCCAUUAAAAGCAGAAAUAUAUAAAGAUAACUUUCAUUCACUAAAUGUUGGAUCUGGAGAUAGGAUUAUAUUUCAAUUAGAUCGCCCCUACCAACCAUUAUCACCAGCUGGAAUGAUUCAAGAUAAAGGUGAUAUACAAAAUAAGAUUCAUUUUAAUCCAGACUACAAACCACGUAUACUAGCAACAAAAAAUACCGUCACAUUUGCUGUAGAACCAUCUAUUAAAACUAUUCAAGUUAAUUCUAAUGUUAAUAAUAAUGAAAAUAUAGAAAAAAAUUUACCUGAAGAUAUUACUGUAUCUGAUGAUAAACAACCAACAGCCUCACGUUGGUUAUCCUGGAGUCAAUGGUCCUCAUGUAUAAGUGGAGAAAGAACAAGGAUUCGUGCCUGUAAAAGACAAGGUAUUGAACCAUGUUUUGGUACUAAUAUUCAAACAGAAAAAUGUGUAACAAUUAAAACUCCAACAAAAGUUGCUAUGGCCACAGAUCCAUGGAGUAUUGAGAAAGAAAUUUCCCAUAGGACUGAUUAA